AUACGCACGGCCCGUCCCCUUCCUCCGCCGCCCCCAUCUCACUGCCCGGCGGAUGCUGCCGCGCCGGUGGACCGUCUCCCCCUGUGCCGCCUCCGAUAGCUCACUGCCGCCGGCGGCCGCGGCGGCCUCCGCAUCCACAGGUUUGGUUCGCAGGUACGCGCCUGUGAUAUGCCUCUUACAGAUCUGUGGAUCCUCCUCCUACCAGUCAGCCACUCGCAAGGAUUCUGAGCGCUCGCCGGCGAGGCGAACAGCUCGAGGGGACGAGACGAGCGGCUAAUCCACUCAACUGCACCGCCAGUUCAGUUCGCACCAGUGGCACGGUGAGCGGCAACUUCUUCCCGACUGGUGCUAUCAAAUUGCGAAAAUCCUGUGAAAACUGACUGACUCGGCAUGGACUCCCUUCACCUUGUGCACCUCAAGCUUCUGGCUGCCGACCUUCUCACGCUAGCUCCCCGACACACGUCACCACCUUCCUUUGCUCGCUGUGGCCGGACAGUUGCUCGUGCCGAGGUUGUCGGAGUUGUUGUUUCACGUGACCGCAGGGAGAAGUUUCUCCGCUUCCUGGUUGAUGAUGGCACUGGCUGUGUACCAUGUGUCCUGUGGCUGAACCACCGGUACAUGAAUGCAAACAGUUCAUCCGGGGCGCUAGACUCUGAUCCUACCGGAGAGAUGGCAUUGAAAAUGUCGGAGGUGGUACGCCUCGGCACUCUGUUGAGGGUUCGUGGGAGGAUUGUUAUGUACCGUGGUGCAAUCCAGAUUGCUGCUAGAGACGUGGUUCUGGAGAAGGACCCCAAUGUGGAGGCUCUACACUGGUUACAGUGUGUUCACAUGGCCAAGGAAUGUUAUGAUUUUCCACUACCUUCUGCUUGAGGCGUGCCUUGAGGAUCUCAUGCCCUGUACCGUGUUUCUUUCUGUGGUUACUGUUGAGCCAAGUUCUUCUAACGCGAUCCAGGGAUUGACUCAUUUCACCUAGGACCUGAUAGAUCUGUGGCUAUAGGAGGAGCUGAGGAGUUCGCAUUUCCAGCAAUACCGAAAUUUGCUUCAUUUGUUGCGACAAAGUUAUGAUCUAUGUUGCUAUCUGCAUCCAUGGGUAAUAAGAUGGAUGCUCUCUUCAGACAGGGAAGUGUCGAGGUUCUUUCUUCCGCUCACGAUUUCCAUGACCACAACACCAAAGCUAUAAACAUCGGCUUUCUCUGUGAUUUGUGAUGUCAACCAUUCAGGAGCUAGAUAACCAGCCAGAUCACCUGUAACACUAGACCCUGGAGGGGCACUGGGGCAGCAACGUGAAGGCUGUGAUCUGUGGGCUCGAGAUCACCAUGGAACAGGAUCAUGGGGGCCGGUGAGUUGAGCUUGUCAGCGGCAGCGGCAGCUGGGUCGAAGCAGCUCGAGGAUUGGAGGUCAACAAUGGCGGCAACUGUGAGGACGACAGAAUGUCUCGUGCAUUGCUUCUGUGGUUGGGAUGUAGUCAUUUCAUUUUCAACCCAUCCGUCUCGCUUGCAAGUUGUCAUGUAAGCCAGGCUUUUUGAAAAUGAAAGAUUUGGAGGAAUAGAGCUCAUCAAGGCACCAAAAGAAAGCAUGUCCAUUCGUUUGAGGAUAAUUCCUUGAACGAAUAACAUCGCCAUUCAGCUGUCCAUUCGUUUGAGGAUAAUUUGGCCGUGCUGCUUCUUCCUGGGUUUUUCUACCGGGGCACGGAUAACGGUGGAAUUCAGUGGCAACUGAUAUUCAGGGGAAAGAAAAACUAAUUUCUAACUCAGUGACACCUGAAACGAAAACAGUUUGAACUACUAUCAUUUGAUUGAAAAUUUCUACAGGGCAUGGGGGUCUUCAACGUAA